CGGGCCUUAUCCAGGAAGUAAAAAAACAUCAACAAUCCUUCCAGGUUGGGCGAAGUAUCGGGUAGCCUUUAGCUGGGUGGCCUUUCAGGAGCCUGCGUUUCUCCUAAGCUCUGUUUUAUUUUUUCGCAUUUUUAAGCGAGAGCUCCUUUGUAGCCCAGACAUGUCGUUGUUCGGCAAGAUAUUUGGAGGAGGAGGAAAAGGGGGAAAGGGACCGAGUCCACAGGAGGCGAUCCAGAAACUCCGUGAAACGGAGGAGAUGCUAACGAAGAAACAGGAAUUUUUAGAGAAAAAAAUCGAACAGGAGCUGCAGAUUGCCAAGAAAAACGGCACAAAAAACAAAAGAGCCGCCCUGCAGGCUUUGAAAAGAAAGAAGAGGUACGAGAAACAGCUGGCCCAGAUCGAUGGCACGCUGUCCACCAUCGAGUUCCAGAGGGAGGCACUGGAAAACGCCAACACCAACACGGAGGUGCUGAAGAACAUGGGCUUUGCUGCCAAGGCCAUGAAGUCUGCCCAUGAGAAUAUGGACAUUGACAAAGUGGACGACCUCAUGCAAGACAUUACGGAGCAGCAGGAGCUGGCUCAGGAAAUCUCUGACGCCAUUUCUAAACCCGUUGGCUUUGGAGAAGAGUUUGAUGAGGAUGAGCUGCUGGCAGAGCUGGAUGAGCUGGAACAAGAGGAGCUGGACAAAAACCUGCUGGAGAUCGGAGGACCAGAGAACGUCCCCCUCCCCAACGUGCCUUCUACUUCAUUACCUUCCAGACCUGCCAAGAAAGAAGAAGACGAGGACGACAUGGAGGACCUGCAGCGCUGGGCGGAGGCCAUGUAAACGCAGCAUCCCUUCACAUCACACCUGCAUCUGAGCGAUGAAAGAGGAAGGAGCAACAUAUGGAAUGAACUGAUUGGAUGUUGAGUGUUUCUUUUUUGUGUGUCUGAGGAGAGCUGACAUUGUGUAACACUACAAAAUAGGAAACAAUGCUGUACUUUUUUCCUCCCUUCUUAUUUUCUUUUGUUAUCACCCCAAAAAAAUGGAACUUUGAGACCCAUUGCCUCUCAUUGCUAACUUAUGAGGGUCUCAGAGUCACCUAGACAUUUUUUAUCCUUGAUUUUUAAACCAACCCAUAAAUGGUCCCCAAAGCAGGCAGGAUCAUUUCAAUAGAAGUAGCGUUUGUUUCAAGCGACGUGCUGCAGAGAUCUGAUGAUGUUUAGAACAUCAGAAUUUUCACUAAAGCUAAAUCCUUAAGGUUCUUGCUCCAAAAUAUGUAUUUGUCUUGUUGAUUACCUAAAUGUUUUUGUUGUUUUUUUUUUUUCCUUAAUUCCUUUAUUUACCUUUAUUUGUUUCCUAAUUGCUCUUUAACCAGAAGCAUGCAGAGGGUGAGGAUUCUGCAGAUUCUGCGUGUGUUUGCAAAAAGCAUAACCUCAUAUUUUGUGUGAAGCUGCAGGGCUCUGACCUUUCUCUUUACCUCCUGUCAUUCAUUUUAGCCUCAGAAGGCAUCCUCACCAGUGAUUCUUGUUAUUUGGUGUAAAUAUCUCAACUGUAUCUCUUUUUCAUAUGAAGUUUUCGAGAGGUUCGGGCUGAAUUCGUGCAAAGCAUGCAGACAUGGGAAGUCACAAUACAGAUCACUCCGCACGGCUUUUGAAGGGAGAAGCUUAACCCAACAACUCUCAUCCUACUCUCUCUGUCCUUAUAAGGGUUUUGUUUCAGAUUGUAUAUUGUUAAAAAUAAUAAUAGUUAUAAUAAACUUUUGUCACAACUUAUGAGUUGCAUCCAGAUGGAAAUGGGGAUUUCAGAUUUCCUAUCUGCAAUCCACAACAGCUGCAGUUUGGAGACGAAAGGAUUCAUUUUUGAAGUCACAUGUUUUUUUUUUGUUUUUUUUUCAUUAAAUAGAAAAGAAAAUUCAAGGAGAGAUGGAGAAAGCAUGUCUGCAUUUCUAUGUUUUAUUUAUCCAGAUGAGAAUAUUAUUUGCAGAAUCAUUAAAAGUUUACAGAUCCUU